CUGUCCCCGGCCCUCAGCCAAGGAAGCAGCCUCAGGCUGCAGGAAAACCAAGGAAGGAAGGAAGGAGGAGCACUACAUACCCAAAGGGCAACCUUCACCAACUCUGAGCAGACCCAGAUCCAGGAGUUGAAGGAGGCCUUCAUGCUCAUGGAUCAGACAAAUGGCUUCAUUGACAAGGGAGACCUGAAGGACUCUUAUGCUUCCUUGGUCAAAAUUAAUGUGAAGGAUAAUGAGCUGGAUGCCAUGCUCAAGGAGGCCUCAGGUCUCAACUUUACCACAUUCCUGAACCUCUCCUCCUACAGCCUGUUUGCCUUCAUCGAUGUGGCUGGCAACCUUGACUACAAAACACUGAGCUGUGUGCUCAUCCCCAGGGAAGAGAAGGCAUGAGUUCCCUGCCCUUUGGCCUGCAGGCUGU